AUGUACUCCAAAUAUCAGGGCAGCGCGUGCAGGCAGUGCUACGAGGACCUCAAGGCCAAGGUCGAGCAGUGCAACGAGGACCUCAACGCCAAGCUCGCUUUUCUCACGAUGCCCCAGCCGGCUUCCUUUUCCGACGUCGUUCUGUUUGCCGACGACGACGACGAGUACCCCGUACCCGUUCCGGCCCAUAAGGCCGUUUUGGCGAACCGUUCUCCAGUGUUGAGAGCCAUGCUUGAUAUUGAGAUGAAAGAAAGCCUGAGUGGCACCAUCAAGAUUGGCGAUGUCUCCUACGACGCCCUUCGCGCCUUCGUCAACUUCCUCUACACAGCUGAGGUAUGCCUCGACCAGCAAUUGGCCUGUGAGCUCCUUGUAAUGUCUGAAAAAUACCAGGUGCAGCAUCUCAAAGACUUCUGCCAGAAGUUCUUGGUGUCCAACCUCAACUUGGACAAUUCACUUUCGACCUACACCUUUGCGCACCAGCAUAACUUUAAGCCGAUCAUCGACGCAGCCUUGACGCUGAUCACAGCCAGCAUGGACAAGCUUGCUUCCCGGGACGAGUACACGGAGCUGAAGGAGAGAGAUCCGGGACUCUUAUUAGAAAUCUAUGAAGCUUAUUUUUCCAAACAAGCUAACACACAAUGGCACAAUGCUUGA